CCCGUAUCUGGGCUGAUGUCAUCGAGAUCAUGUGAUUGGGCCAGAACGGAGCCGUCGGGUAGCCCAGGAAGCUGGCAGAGUGCAGGGAGAGCCAGGAAAGGAGUCCGUCCGCCUGAUAUGACCGUGCGGCUGCCGUGAGUGUCUGCUCCGCUCUCCGAUUUCCAGACGGUUAAGUGAUCCCAGAGCUCUGCUUCCCGGACUGCCAAACACAUUAGACUUGUCUGUCCACCUUUAAACAUGGCGAACCGAGGAGGAGCCUCCAGACCUAAUGGGCCCAACGCCGGGAAUAAAAUCUGUCAGUUCAAGCUCGUCCUCCUAGGAGAGUCCGCUGUGGGAAAGUCCAGCCUAGUGCUACGCUUCGUCAAGGGACAGUUUCACGAGUUCCAAGAAAGCACGAUCGGAGCUGCAUUUCUUACCCAGACUGUGUGUCUUGAUGAUACAACAGUAAAGUUUGAAAUUUGGGAUACAGCAGGCCAGGAGCGGUACCACAGCCUAGCGCCAAUGUACUACAGAGGAGCCCAAGCGGCCAUAGUUGUAUAUGACAUCACAAAUGAGGAAUCAUUUGCAAGAGCAAAGAACUGGGUAAAAGAACUCCAGAGACAAGCGAGCCCCAAUAUUGUGAUAGCGCUGUCUGGUAACAAAGCCGAUCUGGCUUCCAAGCGAGCUGUGGACUUCCAGGAGGCUCAGGCUUAUGCAGAUGACAACAGCUUGUUGUUUAUGGAGACUUCUGCCAAAACAUCAGCGAAUGUGAAUGAAAUAUUCAUGGCCAUAGCCAAAAAGCUUCCGAAGACGGAACCACAGACUGGUGGAGGCAACACUGUUCGAGGACGUGGAGUAGAUCUUACCGAAAGCGCACAACCUAGCAAAAGUCAAUGCUGUAGUAACUAAGCCUUCACGUACUUUUAAAACUCUCGAUAUUCUCUUGCUUCCUAAUUGUUAAAAUAACAAUUGAGUGUCUAACCCUUUUUCAGCCUCGGCGCCGACCCUUCAGCGCAAUGUGUUGGAAGUCUCCCCAGGCAAUAGGUUCAAUAACGUGGCCCAGUGAAACUUUAAACAGCAGAAGAGACUUGCAGUGUCGUCUCUCCCGCCCCCCCCCCCCCUUUUCAGUUCUUUACGUGCUGAAUCUGGUUUUUAACAUGCAUGCAUUAACUUCUGAAAGCAGAUAAAAAUGUUGUCUUGUAGCAGAUACACAUGGAACAGUCAAGAGAACCUGUCGCCAAAUAUUAGCACCUCCUAACUUUUAUCAGUGAUGAGUUCCGGGUAUGACUAAUUCAUAAUGAUUAUCAUUAAUCCAUAGGGGAACGUUUUAAAUGGUUUGUUCAAAAAUUUUUAAUAUGAGUAAAAAGUAUAAUAAGAAAUGGGUUCCGCCUCUUCACAGUGUUCACUGAAAGUCGCCUCCUCUGCUAAAAUGUACAUUCCGCUUCUUACUGUGUAACUUAUCAGCCACUAAUCGUUCUGCUUCUUACCUAGGAGAAUGGGAAGUGCGAUACCGGUUUCAUUAGCUCUUUGGGGAACAGUUUACGGUUUUAUUUCCAGAGCAACUCCUUAAAAUCAUGCUAAAUUGUCCGCUAUUAUUCAAAGGUGAUUCAUCAGAGAUGUAAUUUUCUUUUCCCUUACAGAACACUCUAGUAUCCGUUAAUUCUGCUUUCAUGGGGUUUCUUUUUGUUUUUUUGCCCAAUACAAAUACAAUGUUCUAACAAUUAUGUGUACUCCAUUUAAUUAUCUUAAAAUUGGAUGGUAAAAUUGUAUUGUAAAUAGGGUACUGGAUUGUAGUCUUCAUUUAUGUUUAAUAUGUUCUGUUACUUGUAAGAUUUGGUUAAAAUUGUACAGUUACUAAAAUGAUGAAAUAAAAAGCUAAUUUUUUUCCUCUA